UGAAUAAUCUCUUAUGCUUUUCUCCUGAUUUAUCAUGAAAUUCGAAUUUGCGCCUAAUUUCUUAGUUAUUUGGUUAUUAGUGUUGUUUAUUUGCAUCAAUAAUUCAUGUAGAUUGAGAAUUUAUGAAUUGCUAGAGAAUUGACGGUUGAAAUGUUGGCGGUGCACAAUAUGUGGGUAUGAAGUUGGAGGAGAGAAAAUCGUCAAAUGGAUCGAUAUGUUGUGCCAAUUGAACCUUCUUCAGCAAACCCUAAGCCAAUCCUAAGGCCUCGCUGGAAGAGAACUUCAAUUGAAUUGAAUGGUUGUAUUGAAUCUAAGUACAAGCGCGAAAUGUCUGGAUUGUUGGUCCAAUCUUACUCUCAGAUUGGCGUGUUUUCUCACCUGUAUCAUAUUGAUGGUCGACCUUGUCAAACUCAUAUGAAUAGAAUAAUGUGGUUUGCUGGUUUGGAUCAUCAGGGACCUUCUAGAAGGCAUGGCGUAUCUGCAUUGGAGUUUGAUAAUCAGGGAAUAUACUUAGCUUCGGUCACAAAAUCUGGUUGCUUGAUGGUGCAUGACUUUGAAUCUCUUUACUGCCAGAGUAAUGUGACAUCACCAUGGUGGAAGGAGGAUGAAACAAAGCACCUUUUGCACAUUUAUACAAAUAGGCGUCUUGAUUCUGUUCGAUGGAAUCCUGCUAACCAAGAUGAGGUUGCUUGCACGUCACUGAAGAGCUGUGAAAUACUGAUUUAUGACAUUGGUUAUGUCUCUUCCGACCCUGUUGAAAUUUUGACAAAGAGGCCUUCUGUCACUAUCCAUGGUUCUGAUAUCGUUAGGGGUUUUUCAGAUGUAGCUUUUACAUCAGAUGAUUCCAGAGUUUUUGCUUCGGAUACCUAUGGUUCAAUCAAUGUAUGGGAUAGAAGAAGCAGUAAAUUUCCGUCUGUUGAGCUGACAACAAAUUCCCACAAUGCUCUGAACAGUAUUCAAUUGAAUGUCGAAAAUCAGAUUGUUUAUGGAGCUGGUAAGCAGGGUAUGAUAUAUAUGUGGGAUCUUCGUGGUGGAAGAACAUCAGCAGCUUUCCAGAACCAUAAAGAGGCAUAUCAUCCACCUAUGGCAUCAGUGAAGGUCUCGUCGCUGCUGGAGAAAAUCAAGUCAUUAAAGGCACAAUCGGAUAUUGUCCCCAAGGAUAUACACUCGAUCAAUCUAGAUCCCACUUCUUCAUAUCGUUUGGCAUUCCACCUUGAUGAUGGAUGGUCCGGCAUUCUGGACAUCCAUACAUUAGAAGUGACACAUAUCCACUGCCCUCCACCAGCUUGGCUGACUGGCUCAGACAUAUCCAAUUUAUCGUACCUGAUAAAACCAUCCUGGCUAUCCACAAAUUCAAUAUUUGCAGUUGGGUCAUCAUCAGAUAAAGGACUACACCUUCUGGACUUCUAUCCUGAUCCGAGUUCUCCCUGCCACGUGGACUGCAGUGAGGAAAUGGCGAACAGUUCCAGGCGAAAUGGAUUUGUUUCUCUAUCAGAAGAUGUUUCUGCUUGUGCUACACAUCCACUCAAUGGUUCCAUUGUAGCUGGCACCAAGCAAGCAUCUUUGCUGAUGAUUGACCAACGGAAGAAGGGCUUACAAGGUGAAGAAGGUCCUUGAAUCAAUUGAAAAACCUCGCAAAGAAGACAGCCAUUUUUUACUGUCAAGACUCAAGACCAUAAGCAGCGGACGCUUGCCAUGAUCAUAACUCAAAACCCAAACCAAUGCAUGUAAACACACCGCCUUUUUUGUAAAAUUCAGAAAAUCAGUACUCCCUUUGAAAAUGCAAAAUGAACAUGACAUUGAAAGUUUGAAGAUAAUUGGUGUUAUGGGAAGAAUUAUCAGCCUCUAUUGCCAAAAGAAGGUGCAAAAUACAAGACUUUUGAAUGCGUAUCACCAUGAACAGAAUACAACAAGCUUCAAUGUAAGUAUAUAUGUAACUAUAGAUUACGAAUUCAUCUUAUGCUUCUUUAUCAAUCCUCCUCCAUAUUAAAUCUAUCAUGUAUAACAGGAAUUGUAUCAAGCAAACAAAACUUUGUUGUAAUGGCCACAUUAAAUCUAUUAAUCUUUGAAGAAUAAUUAUCAUUA